AUGGAGCUUCUCGUUCUUGUUUUAUUAGCUUUGUCUAUCAGCUACCUUGUAUCCACAACACUCUACAAUCUCUUUUUCCACCCGCUGCAUAACUUCCCCGGACCGAAGCUGGCAGCUGCUACACACAUCUAUGAAUUCUAUUUCGACUGUAUCAAGAGCGGGAAGUUCAUAUGGGAGAUUCAAAGAAUGCAUGAGAUCUACGGACCGAUAGUGCGGAUCAAUCCCCGGGAAAUCCACAUCAAAGACCCAUCCUAUUUCGCAGAGAUCUACAGCAACGGAAUCCAGGAAAAAGACCCAUUCAUGAUUAACGUUGCCCCAUCCCCGGGCUCGUCCUUCGCAACAAUAGACCACAACCUCCACCGGUUCCGACGCGCAAUCGUAAAUCCCUUCUUUUCCAAACAGGCCGUUGUCAAAAUGGAGCAUAUCGUGCAAGACAAAGUCGAUAGAGCCGCUAAACGCCUAGAGCAAGCGAAAAACAACGGCACGGUCAUCAAAACCGACGCGCUAUUCUCAGCAUUGACAGGCGACGUUAUUUGCCACUAUACCUAUGGCGAGAGCUCCGGUAUGCUGGAAACGAAAGAUAUGCAAAACGAGUUCCGUGAUGCUGUGACCGGCGCUAGUGUCUUUUGUCAUUUUAUGAGAUUCUUCCCGGUUCUCGUGAGCCUGUUGGAGUCUAUGCCUUGGUUUAUUCUCUGGCUGCAGCCGAUGUAUAAAGGAUACUUUGACAUGGAGCGGAAGAUAAAGGAGCAGAGUGUUAAUGCAUUGCAGAAUGCUGAGAAGGAACAGGGGUCAAGGACUAUCUUUCAUGCUUUGAGUGACCCUUCACUACCGGCCGAAGAGAGAACGCCGAUACGAUUGAAGAACGAGGCUAUGACUAUUGUGGGUGCGGGGACGGAGACUACCGCGAGGGUUUUGACUGUUGGCUCGUUUCAUCUUUAUAGAGAUGGGACUAUGGUGCGGCGUCUGCGGGAUGAGCUGAGGACGGUGAUGCCGGAUCCGACUAGUAAGGCAUCCUGGGGCCAGUUGGAGAAAUUGCCAUAUUUGACCGCUGUUAUCAGCGAAUCACUACGGCUAGCACACUCCACUACCCUUCGGUUUCCGCGCGUGGCUCCAAAUAAGACUCGGAUGUACAAGAACUACAUCAUUCCGCCCGGAACUCCGGUCAGCCAGUCGAUCUACUUCGUGCAUAUGGAUCCCGAUAUCUUCCCGGAACCAAACACGUUCACCCCCGACCGAUGGUUGGAAGCAUCCCAGAAGGGCGAAAGACUUGAUCGGUUCCUGGUGCCGUUUACGAAAGGUUCUAGAAUGUGUCUAGGCAUGAAGUGGCAUUGUGUUAGUCUCGCCUACGCAGAAUUGUAUCUUAUGUUUGCGACCUUGACUCGACACUUCGAUUUGGAGAUGCGGACUUCUUGGGAAGACAUUCAAAUAUCGCGAGACAUGAUUUUAGGUGUGCCUGAGAAGAAGGAUGUUCUUGAGGUGGAGGCAGUUGUCACGGCAGUUGUCUACGAAUGA